AUGGCGUACUUUCCGCCCGAGAUAGAGGACGCCGUGGUUGCGAUGACCAACCUGGAAGCGUCCAGGCGCCGCACCGCCAUCGACGGUUGGAAACCCAUGGGCCGCGCCGAGUUCAGAGCCUACGUGGGGCUGCUGAUACUUGCCGGCGUGUACAGGUCGCGAGGCGAGGCCUGCGAGAGCCUGUGGGACGCAGAGAGCGGCAGGUCUGUGUUCAGAGCCACGAUGCCGCUCAAGACCUUCCGGGUUUAUUCGAACGUCCUGCGGUUCGACGACCGAGAGACCAGAGAGGCCAGAGAGGCCAGGCGUCGCAACGACCGCGGUCAAUACGACAAGCUGGCCCCGGUCAGAGCUGUGUGGGAUGAGUGGUGCAGGCGAUUGCCUCUCAUGUACCGACCGGGACCCGAGGUCACCGUGGACGAGAGACUGGUGCCGUUUAGAGGAAGGUGUCCGUUCAGGCAGUACAUGCCCAGCAAACCGGCCAGGUACGGGAUCAAGAUAUGGGUCGCGUGCGACGCCCGGUCCAGCUACGCGUGGAAAAUGCAGAUGUACGCCGGCAAGCCCGACAAGCUUGACAAGCUCGGUCCUACCGAAAAGAACCUGGCCGCCCGAGUGGUCAUGGACCUCACCGAGGGACUGGCGCCUGGACGCAACGUCACCUGCGACAACUUCUUCAUGUCCCAACAGGCCCGAGAUCUCCAGAGAGCUGCGCUGCGUCAAGAGCAGGGCUGUCGGCUCCGCCGAGGCCGCGGUGCUCCGGAUGGCUGGUCGCCCAACGCGGUCGUCCUGUCCUACGUGGCAAAGAAGAACAAGAACGUGCUGCUCCUCACCACCUCUCCCCGCUACGUCGGGCCCUCCGGGUCGCUGCUGGAGCCGAGCAGCAACCCCGGCGGCGGCGGUGGCCCCGCGAAACCCUCAAUGGUGCUGCAUUACAAUCACACCAAGGGAGGCGUCGACAACCUAGACAAGGUUGUGGGGACCUACAGCUGCAGGAGAAAGACUUCUAGGUGGCCCAUGGCCCUUUUCCACAACAUGGUGGACGUGGCGGCCUACAACGCGUUCGUCCUCUGGAGAGAGAUCCACCCGGACUGGAUGUCGGGCAAACUAAACAAACGAAGGCUGUUCCUCGAGCAUCUGGGCAAAGCACUCGUUCUCCCGAUGCUCGAGGCCAGGCGACGACGAGGAACGCGAGGAAGAAGGCAAGAAGGAGAAGCCUUCUCCGCUCUGGAUUCCCGCUGCGACGAGCCGCGGGAAACCCCAGUCAAGAGGCAGAGGUGCCGCGUCUGUCCCAGGAGCAAGGACGUCAAGACCAAGAUCGUUUGCUUCGCCUGCCGCGUGCAUGUGUGCUCGAGGUGCGCACUCACGUACUGCCCCAACUGCGCCGCUGCCCGCCCUCCGGUUUCGCGACGAGACCCCUCCGACGACAAGCACCGGGGCCCACCGGUGUCCGCUUGA